AUGCCACCACGCCAUCACCACAGUGGGGGUGCAACAAUAGGCAAUGCAGGUGGUGGCGGUUCUCCAUUUCCACCUUUGGGUCUAGCAGCAGCGGGCGCCAUACCUAGCGGCACACACACUCCCGCCAACAAUCCCUCUACGUCUGGAGACUCGGAGGGGAAUGCGUCUUCUAGAACAGGUCUGCCGCCUUCUACUGGGAAAGUAGACACUGCUGCUGCCCAGAGCUGCAGAGUGCAAGACGCAUAUUGGAGCGAAGAUGAGGUCAGUGUGUGGUACACGUGCAUUCUGGAGAGAGCGGCGAGAGGUGUGCGUCUCACUGACCAGAAUCUGCUGGCUGACCGUUGUUGCUCCACUGUCGUCCUUUUGCAGGAGGACAUGGACUGCCCGCUGUGCUUGGAAGAGAUCGAUAUGUCGGACGCCAACUUCAGGCCUUGUCCUUGCGGCUACCAGGUACGCACUUUCCACCCACUGGGCGCAAUCGUGGCACUUUGGCAUCCGUCUAGCUGCUAAAGCCUCCUCUCUAAUCUCACUCAGAUUUGUCGCUUCUGUUGGCACCACAUCAAGCAGAAUCUGAACGGAAGAUGUCCGGCUUGUCGGCGCAAGUACAGCGAUCAAGCCGUGGAGUUUACGCCAAUGACCCCAGAGGAGUGAGUGUAGCAUACAUGCGCUCCCUGAUUUGGCUGUGCGCGUCGCAUGAGAGAGAGAGAGAGAGAGAGAGAGAGAGAGAGAGAGAGAGAGAGAGAGAGAUUGGCUGACACCGAUCGCUCGCCUGUCAGGAUCAAGCGCUUGACCCUUUCCAAACGGCAAAAGGAAAGGGAAAAGAGAGAGCUGGAGCAGAUGAAUCGAAGACACUUAUCCAACGUGAGGGUGGUCGUCAGAACUUUGGUCUAUGUGACAGGCUUGAGCCCGCGGUUGGCUCGCGAGGAGGUGAGUUUGUUCUCUUUGCAGCAGUGUCUGCAUCGUCACAGACUCACUGACUUUCCAUAUCGCCGCCGCCCGCCUCACGUGAAUAGCUCAUACCGACGCUGCGCUCCAACGAGUACUUCGGCCAGUAUGGACGUAUAUCCAAAAUUUUGAUCUCGAAGCGCACAACAGCAUCAAAGUUGGUCAUGGGCACCUCGGAGUCAGCACUAGGUGUGUACAUCACUUACCAUCGCAAAGAAGACGCGGCGAGGGCGAUUGUGGCGAUCGAUGGGAGCAAAGGUUCCGACGGGCGCACGCUAAGGGCCAGUUUUGGAACGACCAAGUACUGCACCACGUACUUGCGCAACUUGCCUUGCACCGUGCCCACUUGCACCUACUUACACGAGCCGGGUGAAGAAACGGACACAUUCACAAAAGAAGAUCUUAGCACUUUGUGAGUAGAUCCGUCGAGCGGCGCUCAGGCUUCGACUGACCAAGGGCUUUACUCACUGCAGGCGCCACGCAACCAAGGACGCUGAAUUCAAGCUCAAGCCUAGCGCGGCUGCGAUUCAAGCCGCCACCCAGUCUACGCGUCGAACAGACCCAUUCUCGAGUUCGGGUGCGCCGGGCUCAGAUAGCUCAGCCGCAGCCUUUGGCACUACGCCAGAAGGCUCUGCACUUCCCAAGACUGCCAGCUGGGCUAGUGCAAAGGCUCCAGGCACGCCUAUUGCGCCUACACCUGCUUUGCCCGUCUCGGGCGUCAUUCGCGACUCUGAGCUGCCAUCUCUUGCCGCAGCUACGGCCGCGAGGGAGGCACAAAGAAAGGCCAGCUCUCACACCAAGCAGAGCGCCAAGCAACAAGCAGCGCCAAGUCUCGAUGGCUCAGCUCCCGCAUCUCCGGCUCCAGUCAACGCGGCUCUCGCUGCGCCCACUACUCCCGCGUCCACGUCAAAGAGCCGAGCGGCUCAGCGUGCUGCUACCGCAGUGGCUGCCAACGAACCGUCAGCUGAGCCAGAGCCAACCGAGCUGGCGGAACCUUUAGAAGGCGCAUUGAAGGACCCUAGCGCCGAUAUGGCGCCUCAAGCUGAGCCGCUACCAGCGCAGCCAGACGACUUCGCUUCUAGGAGAGCGUCAGACUCGAGUUCGGGCAAGGCUGCUCAAGCAGGUGGAGGAACCUCCAGACCACCCGGUCUUGCUCCGCCGGGCUUGAUCAAGGUCUCAGCAACAGCAAGUGCGGAGGCGCCACCAGGGCUCGGACCUCCUCGAGUAGCAACACCAGCAACGAACGGAGAAGUGGCAAGCCCGCCUUACCAGCCCAGCCUUUCUGCUCAAGCUCUUCUGGACGAUAUGCGGGUGCGGCGCGAUGCUGGCCCGCGAGUGAGCCCAUUUCCCUCCUUUGAAGACACACUGCGCAGCUUUGAGAGUGGCGGAGACUUCUCUUUUAACCUCAGCGGCGACGUCCAAAAUUCAGAGAAGAGUGGCGUACGAAACGCGGGGAUGGGAGCCUCAGCUGCGGGCUCGUUUCUGUUUGGUGGCCCGCACGGCAUCGCGCCAUUCGGUGCCGUGCCGUCUGGUCUGACCACCGGCAGCGUCACUUUCAACGGCUCAGCAGACCAAGCAGGCGUCUACAACGGCUCUUUUGAUCCCUUUGCAGAAGAUGCUGGCAAGACCAUUAUCGCUCUGAAAGGUCACGGUGACGAUUUGGCACACGAUCCAGCCGCGGGGCCCUUUGCAGCGAUAGAUCAAAUGAGAAGGACGCUGUCCGAAGAGAGAGCCGGAGACAAUGCCAGCAACGAUGACGAUGGUGCGACCGACGCUGACACGAAGCAAGCGAGUCGGUUUGGAUUCGCCAAGCGCAAAGAGUCGGAUGUAGGGGCUGCAGGAACAAGCUCGCCAUUUCUUCGACCGCGCUCGCAGUUGUUCUCAAGCGCGGUGCCGCAGACCCAAGCACAACCUGCUUAUGCAGGUCCACCAGGCCUGGGCAGUGGUGGCACGGCAUCGUUUGAGUCGCACGGUGACCCUUUGGCCAUGAACAUGCGAGAUAACGCGACAAAUGUCCUAGGCAGCGUGCUAUCAGAUCGACGAGGGCCGAUGGGCCUGCAAGGCAAGGCGCAAGACGUCUUUUCAUCGCCACGUCUAGACCAUCAGGCACGCUCUGGCAGCCCGGCCCAGUCCCAGCAGUACAAUGCUGUUCAACAGUAUGGUCAAAGCCAUGCGUCCCCUCUGAAUGGAUUUGGGUCCCAGAACAGGCACGAAUCUGACUUUGGCUCCUCCGCGCGCGAAUCUCCUUUGUUGAUGCAUCAGCAACAGCAUCGGACGACGGGCCCUCCGCCGGGAUUUGGAGUGCCCAACAAUGCAGAUCAGCAACACUAUGCGCACUCUCUUCAGCAACAGCAGCAUUCGCAAGCUCAGGGCCGUACCAAUCACGGAGGUUCGGUUGCAGGCGUGGGCUACGAUUUCUUGGCGCAACUGCAGCGUGGCAGCGGACCCAACAAUGUCGGUUCGGGCAAUGGCAGCAGCAGCAGGGGCCAAGCUUUCGCUUCGCCAUAUGCUGAUUCCAUGUCUGCUCAACAGCAGCAACAGAGGCACGGCAAUGGCGGAUCGACCACCGCUGCUACGACGCCGGGAGCUAGUGGCAACGCUUCGGAACCGCUCUUGGCGCAGAUCAUGGCCGCAGCAGCAGCUCGGCCUCGAUCAAAUGCUGGUGGUGCUUAUGGCGCGCAGAAUGCGGGAACACCAGGAGCGGGUGGCAACGAGGGCAUGCCCUUUUUCGACCCUGCCAUUAUGAGCAUGACGAGAUCCCAACAGGCGCAAGCUCAGAUGCAUCAUCACCACCAGCACCCGCAGCAUCCGCAGCAGCAACAACAGGGCCAAAAUAAUAAUGUCUAUGCAGGAGCCUUUUCGCCUUUCGAUUCUGUGCCUCAACAGAACGCGUUCGGCAACUUCCAACAAAGGCACUGA